CGUUUAUCAUACGCUGGUUGCACUGUGUCGCCUUGGUGGAGAGUAUAGUUACUUAAAACAUGAAAUGGAAUAAAAUGUCGCGGAUUCUUUCACAACGAGACGUCACGCAAGCGUAAUUUAAUCGAUGGUUCUUGAGUGAGAAGUAUUCCGUCCCGGCAGCCGUGUCUUGUGUGGGCUUUUAAUCGGCAAUAUUUCAGGGUGAGGAGCGACACACUCCUCCAUUAUCAGCUAUUUCACCGAAGCGGUUUUCCUCCACCCAUCGCUUCACCUUCAACCUAGCCAGAGAAAUGUGCCAGCAUCGCCGCUGCUGUUGUCCUCCGCCGCCCUCACGCAUCUGAUUUAUUUUUUUUAUUCAGCGCAGUAAAAAAAAAAAAGCUCUCAGGACUGCACAAGAGCGAAAGAGACAUCUUCUUUACUUGAAUUGACCGCCUCUAAGCAUCAUGGGAAGGAAAAAGAUUCAGAUCCAGCGGAUCACCGAUGAAAGAAACAAGCAGGUGACAUUCACCAAACGCAAAUUCGGCUUGAUGAAGAAGGCGUACGAGCUGAGCGUGCUGUGCGACUGCGAGAUCGCCCUGAUCAUCUUCAAUCACGCCAACAAGCUCUUCCAGUACGCCAGCACCGACAUGGACAAGGUUCUGCUCAAGUACACCGAGUACAACGAGCCCCACGAGAGCCGCACCAACGCCGACAUCAUCGAGACUUUGCGAAAGAAAGGCUUCAAUGGUUGCGACAGUCCGGAACCUGACGGCGAAGACUCCAUCGAUCAGAGUCCCUUAAAUGACGACAAAUUUCGGAAGACCACAGAAGACCUGGAUGUUCUCUUCAAGCGUUACGGCCAGCAGUCGACGGCUCCGCCGCAGACCUUCACCAUGCCCGUCACCGUGCAGGCGUCCAAUCCCAGCCCGCUGCAGUUCAGCAACCCUGGCAACGCGCUGGUAACUACCUCCUACGUGACGGCGUCGUCGCUCGCCGACACCCACCUCCUGUCGCCACAGCAACCGGCUCCUCCGAGGAACACAGUCUCCCCCGGGUUGCCGCAGCGACCGGCCAGCGCAGGUGCGCUCCUGGGUGGUGACCUGAAUAAUUCGAACGGAGGCUGUCCGAGUCCAGUCCCUAACGGCUACACCAGCGCCAGGGCCUCGCCGGGCCUCCUGGCCGUGUCCAACGGGAACAGCCUGGGAAAGGUAGCCCCGGCCAAGUCGCCCCCGCCGCCGCCCGCCAGCCCCCAGAUGGUCAGCGGGCGCAAACCGGACCUCCGCGUCAUCACCUCGCAGGGCGGGAAGAGCCUCAUGCAGAUGACAGAGGAUGAGCUGGAGUUGGUAAAUGAGAACGCCCAGCGGCUGGCGGUCGGCGCCCAGGUGGCCCAGACCCUCACCACGCCCGUGGUGUCGGUGGCCACGCCCAGCCUCCUGGCGCAGGGCCUCCCCUUCUCCGCCAUGCCCACGGCAUACAACACAGAGUACCAGCUGACAAGCGCAGACAUUACGGCGCUUCACGCCCUGGCGUCUCCCGGCGGCUUGCUGCCAACCAGCAUGGCGACGUGGCAGCAGCAGCAGCAGCCCGUCGUCUCGCAGCAACCGCAGCAGCAAACGCAACAGCAGCAAAUCAAUCUGGCGUCGCUCAGCAACUUGGUCAUGUGGGGCGUGGACAAACAAAGCAGCGAGCUGUCUAGCCAGGUGUCCAGUCUGGCUGCCAAUCUGAGUCUGGGCUCUCCGUCCAACCUGCUCUUGGGUAGAGAUGAGUGGUUGGGCCGCCACAGGGCCCCUGAAUGCAUCACAGGCUUGUUGAAAAUGGCUUCUUGGCCGGUGGCGCACAUACCUCAAGGCGCCAUGUUGACGGUCAACACCAGCAGCGGCGUCAGCAUCAAGUCGGAGCCGGUGUCGCCGGGUCGGGACCGCAGCACCCCUUGCCCUCCGCCGGCACCACCGCCGCCGCCAGUCCCGCCGCCUCCGUCCGCUGGAGCCACCCUGUCGGCACCACCUCAGUACCCGGGCUCACUGCUGUGCUUGGAGCCGCCCACGGGACGUUCUCCCGCAGACAGCGUGAGCAGCAACGCCAGCUCCUUCGAAGGCAGCGACCGCGAGGACACGGGCGGCGGUGGCGGCGGCGCCAACAACAACGCCGCCGACAUGGCCGCCACGGGGAGUGUCGGGCCGGGCCGCUCUGACUUCAGCCCCUCGCCGGAGCCAGAAGGUGGCAACAUCAAGCGAAUGAGACUGGACACCUGGGUCACAUAAGCGGCGAGGGAGAGCACGCAGGGAGGUUUGGACGACACUGCAACACAUCACGUCACGCCACGUCACGUCGUACACGCCACAUGUGAGGACGUUGCAUUCAAAUGCCUCAGCGCGCGCUUUGAGCCUCGACACCAUCGCGUCUGUGUACGUUUCGGAAGUUGAACAGAGGCAAGUGGACUCUUGAAGACACUUGGCCUUCCAUCUGAAAAGCUUCUUCACUUCGGAAUCGUUGGUCCGGCUGGCAAAACAUCUUAGUAGUGGACACUCAAAUCAACAAGUAGGACUCCGAGAGUGAGCAAGUGGACAGAAAUUGUCAUUUUUCAAGUCAUCUAAUUGGUGCUUAUUCCAUCAUUUGGAUAAAUAUGACAUCAAAAACAAAAUAGCUCAUCAUAUUAUAUGGCGAGCUAUUUAGGUCAGAGUCAGAGUCAGCUUUAUUGUCAAGUCCACACCUAAGAUUUCAAAGUGAAGAAGCCUUUUGGGUUAAAAAACCUCUUCAACUGACGAGUCCAGUCGGGUCCCUUCAACUUUGAGAGAUGUUCCUCACCUCCAUUUUAUUCAGUCCACAUUCAGCGGACAUCACUCCCUGCGGACUCCCUUUGCAACAUUUCCCUUUCUUCAGCAAGUCCCUCCCACGCUGCACUUUUUUCUUCUUUUUUGGAAGCGCUUCGGGCCGACGUAGUCCUCGGAAUGCCAAAACGAAACGCUGCGCACACAUAACCCGACGCCCUUGUGGCUCUUUACGACUUGGGUGUUGUGCAAGACACGCUGUUGUGUUCUUUCUCCGUCAGUGGUUCUGAAGAUCCGUCACUUUGUAGACAAACCCUCUACUAAACUUUGAUGUCCAAAUUUUUCGCACGAGCUAGCCCUCCCAUCUUCUUUUCCCGUGGUUCCCCCCCAAAGUGAACGGACAAUUUCUAUAUUUCUAACGCUUCCGUUAGCUUUUUGGCCUCAAGCGCGUGUAUGUACAUAUAUUUGCAUAGACUUUGCCAGUUAGCCCUAAAAAAAAAAAAAAAAAAAAAUGCACAAAAAAAACCCUAAUGUCAACUCAGUGGAUCUGUCCGCUAUUAUUAUUAUUAUAAACAAGCGUGACGUUGAUAUGUUUGGGUAGCGUACCCCCCCACUUAGCGCCUGCUCGGUCGUGUUGUUGUCAUUUUUGCUACGCAUCCAACACGCACAUUGAAAACGCAACACACACACACACACUCGCACACAAUCACUGCCCUUCACGUUAGCCUAGCUUCAUAUCUAAACGCACAUUUAGCCCUAUUUCUACGGCAAAGAGUAAAGUCAAAAAAGAUUGUUUGAUGUCAUUUUUAAAUAGCAAUUUGUUUCGUCGCCAUUAUCUCGGUGCGUGAAUGUGUGUGUGCACAAGUUAUUUAGUCAAAAUAGAAGAGAUGAUGUCUACUCCGUCGGACCUUAUUCACCAAUUCCCCAAAUUAUAUCCCCACCCUAAAAAAAUCACGCCUACUCGUCUGCGGUCACUUGACUGUUAAGCCCACACAUGAACUGGCAGCGCUUAGCUGUGUUGUAACUCUUGAUUUAAAAAAAAAAAAAAAAAAAAGGAAAAAAAAAUCCAACAAAAAGCAGAUGUUUCGAGCAGAGCUUUAAAAUGCUAAGUAAGCUCUGUAACUGACUGUUAUUGCAUUACAACAUUUUAAAACUCACUUUCUUUCAAAAUCGAUAUCACGUAAGAAAAAAAAAAUGGGCUUGACAAAUGUGAAUUUGAACCCCAGGACAGCCACGGUGUUGUUUUUUGAUUGGACAAUCAAAGUCGGCAUGAUGAGCAGGACUUGUUUUCAGAGUUAACAAAAAAAAAUAAUAAUUUAGCAUGUAUUGCCAAAAAUGUACCUAUGUCUCAGACGAAGCAGUUUUUGCCAAUCAUGGAAAAAAAAAAGUUCCUUUUAGAGGAUAGUGACAGCACGUUACAAAUAUCAUUUUGCGCCACUUUUUAUGCAUCUCAAAAAUCAUUCAAUUCACAGAUGCAUCGUUUACAUUGGGAAGGUUUUAUCUCUUACAAAAAGAUUUUUUUGUUUUCAUUUUUUUUGCACAAUUUAAGAUACAUGUUUUUCAUUGGAAAUUGAUAGUGUUAUAGUUGCCAAAAUAUUUUAUUGAGAUUUUUUUAAUUGCAUGAUAUAAAAAAAAUAGAAUACAUUGACAAAAUUAUUUAAUUGACAAAAAAAUCCACCAUUUAGUCGAGUUUGUCCAAUAAAAAGCAUGUAUCAAAAUUUUACGAUAUAUUUUUAUCACUGCACAUUUUUUACAGAAUUAAAACAAACUUCAAAAUUUGAACAAGCAUGAAUUUCCUUGACAAGUGGAAACAUCCAAAGUUCUUUUUCCUCCCUCUUUAUUUUAUGUUCAGAUUAAAAAAUAUAUAUAUUUAUUGGAUAGCAAUGACAUGACGAAAGAAAACUAAUAAGUAUUUUUCCAAUCAAGACUGCAUUAAAUGUACCUUGUUUUAAUUGGAGACGCCAAAACAAGCUCAGUUCGCUGACUGCAAAGUGACACCGCUCCGAUUGCCUCAAUCCUGCCCCCUUGUGGUCAAUUGACAAAUCUCAACGAGGGAGUGCGAAACACACCUGGGCCCCUGUUACUUAUGUAUGAUGUUAUGUUCAGGUUUCUUUGUACCGCUUCAGUGCAUCGCCAAACAUCUAUGAAGCCUUUUACUUUGUGAAGCUUGUAAUUUUCAAAACAUCAAACUGUCAUCGUUUUCACCGACAUCCAAACUGGUUUCCUUUUGAUUCAAAGCAACUUGCACGAUCGGACAAUGCGGUAUUAGCAAAUGCAAUAAAAGGAACGUACCAGUUAAAUGCUGCAGUUUUCAUCCAGAUAUAGAAUAUAUUUAUAAAGAAAAAAAAAAAAAUUGGUGGAAAUUCAAACAUGGUUAGACGCAUGGGACGCAGGUAACCGUAAUGUCACAAGCAGUCAGAAUGAUGUAGCAAAUAAAAUACGAAAGAUGAAAUUUAUAGCUAAUAUAUUGUGUUGAGCUAGUCUGCAAUGGGUUUCGAUGUAAAGAUGUUUUGCCGUUUUGUUUUUCUUGAACGAUAUACAGUUUGUGUAUAUUUUCAUAUACAAAAGUAUGCACUGAUGUUAUUGAAAUUCUAUACCGCUUUUACAGAAAAGUGUUUGUUGUACCAAAGUAUCCAAGUCCCUUGAAACCUUCUCCUUUUUGCGUAUGUUUUACUGUAUUUUAUAUAUUAAAUGACAAACGGAGUGAAGUUCA